AUGAUAAUGGAGACUUACAGGAGUGUUUCACCAGUAACUUUGCACACUUUUAGGCACCUCAUGGAAUCACCACUGACCACUGAGGAAGUCCAAAGACGAUUAACCGACGAUGAGGAUUCAAUUUCAAGUCAAGACACUGACAGACAGUCUAACAGCUCGCCGCUGUGCACGAUGGAUGAGUCACGAGAGCAGCUGGCACUGGAUGACUGCAGCGGCCGUGCAGUUGUGUCCGGUCAAACGGAGGACUCGCGCUUUAUGACUGUGGUUGAACAAUCUGACCCCAACGCGCCCCCGAAGCCCCCUCGCUCAUGUUUAGAUGAAGCCCUACCGGAUCUGCUCCGGAGUGGAAGCCCACUUCGCAGACGAGUGUCCAGUCCGGUGUCUGUCACGCUGAAGCAUGUGAAAAGGGAAGUGGAAUUAUCUCGGCAGCGCAGUCUAAAGCUCAAGGCUCAGGUGGAUAGACUGCAGCAGCAGAAUGAUAGCGGACCCGGCUGGAGUGAAAACAGACACCGGGUGGCAGAGGAGAUUCAGUCUGUUGUAAAGCUGCUACUCCCUCUGACAGAUUUAGAGUCAGCAGAAAUCGAUCAGCCAUCCCAAACCAAUCCUUUAGACAAGGCACUGCUUCAACUGCAGAAAGUGGCCCGGACACUCGCCAUUGACCACACCUCUCAGGGAAAGAAGUCUGGGGAAGAUGUUGACAUUUUACAGCAAGCUCUACGGGACAGAGAUGAAGCUAUAGCAAAGAAACAAGCAAUGGAGACUGAGCUACUAAGAAGCAAGAACGAACUAAUGACACUGAACAACCAACUUUUGGAAGCUGUUCAGAGUCGACUAGAACUGUCCAUAGAGCUGGAGGCCUGGAAAGAUGACGUACAGACCAUUCUUCAUCACCAGCUCCUUAAACAGCAGCAGGAAGAACAGGCUCAGAAAAAGUCUAGAGGGUUCGGUGUUCUGCGGCGCUCAAAUAAGCCCCUUCCUCCCAAACCUGACUACUCCACCACGAUGCUCACCUCUGUCCCAACCCCCCAGUCUCCAUCACCUGCAGGAACACAGAAAUGGAAAGACAAGUUCAGACGAGGAAGAACUGGCACACAAGGACCUGUCGAGUCUCUGCCACAAAGGAGCGACAAAGAGGGCAAUUUUCAAACGGUUUCUUUGGACUGAUGCGGCCAAUCUCUUUGAUUGUUCAGCAAUUUUGAUCAUAUUGCCUCACCUCAUUUUGUAAAGCAAUCCUAAGGAUGUAAAUAAUAUUAUGAAUAAUGUUUUGACACAUUUGAACUAUGUUAAGGAUGUGCGUUACAAUGUAGAGAAUAUAUUAAUGUGACUGCUGUGCUGAGAAUCAAGGUAUCAGGGUUUUGUUGACCUGCAGUCAUGAACUUCCUAGUAAUAUAUUAAGAAAAGGGAAUAAAGGUGACA